AUGAAGCUCAAGCGCUUCCUUCUGAGAUAUUUCCCUCCUGGAAUCGUUCUGGAGUACCAGCGGAGAAACGGAGAUGUCGAGACAAAGUCCAUCGACCUCCUGAACCUCACACCCGAGACCGACGUGGAGGUCCUCAUCAACCAAAUAGUCUUCGAGGAGCCCUUGAUCUCUGAAAACAAGAAGGACACUCUUCGAAAGAUGAUCUACAAGCUCAUGGAAAAGAUUGACAACAAGGACUCACAGCGGUUCUAUCUGUUCAAGAUUCUUAGAGCCCACAUUCUGCCCUUGACGAACUGUGCCUUCAACAAGUCCGGGUCGAAGUUCAUCACCGGCUCCUACGACCGAACAUGCAGAGUUUGGGAUACGCUGAGCGGCGAAGAGCUCCUGACGCUGGACGGGCACAAGAACGUGGUGUAUGCCAUUGCUUUCAACAAUCCCUUUGGUGACAAAAUCGUCACCGGCAGCUUUGACAAGACCGCGAAGCUCUGGGAUGCCAACACAGGGCAGUGCAUUCACACUCUCAAGGGCCACCACACGGAGAUUGUCUGUGUUGCCUUCAAUGUACAGGGCACGCAUGUUGCGACCGGCAGCAUGGACAACACAGCAAAGCUCUGGGAUGUGGAGACCGGCCAUCAGAUCGCUUCUCUGGAUGGUCACUCUGCCGAAAUAGUUUCACUGAAUUUCAACACCGACGGGGACAAAAUUCUCACCGGUUCCUUUGACAACACCGCGAAGGUUUGGGACGUGCGGAGUGGGCGGUGCGUGCACACUCUUGCUGGCCACCGCGGGGAAAUCUCCUCGACGCAGUUUGAUUUCACGGGAGAUUACUGCAUCACUGGAAGUAUUGACCGCACUUGCAAGCUCUGGGACGUUAACAACGGGCAGUGCAUGGAGACCAUGCGAGGCCAUUCAGAUGAGGUCCUGGAUGUGUGCUUUAACACAACUGGCAAUCGCCUCGUCACUGCAUCUGCGGAUUGCACGGCUCGGGUUUACAACGUCAUGACCGGCGCUUGCAUAUCUAUCUUGAUAGGCCAUGAGGGCGAAAUCUCCAAGGUUCAGUUCAGCCCAAAUGGAUACAAGAUCAUCACGGCAUCUAGUGAUCGCACCUGCCGCUUGUGGUCUGUCGAGACUGGCGAGUGCCUGCAGGUCUUGGAAGGACACAGCGAUGAAAUCUUCUCGUGUGCUUUCAACUACGAAGGCGACACAGUCAUCACUGGGUCCAAGGACAACACUUGCAGGAUCUGGAAGGACAACUUUUUCACUCCGGCCGACGAGGAUGAUCAGCGGCUUGGUAUGACCGGUAUGAAGACUGAUGCCUCAGAGCUUGUGGGCCUGCUGCGUGCCAUGCGCGGUCAGCAUUCUGGCUUGAAGCGUAAAUCGGCGGAAUGGAUAGCGAUGCUCUGUGCGGUUCGGCUCAGGCGGGAUGGCGGGUGGCCCGGCGUUGGAGAGAGAGUUCUCCCCUUGGUGUCGCAUGGAGACUGCCAGUCGCGCGGCCCAGAAGAGGCCCAGCGAGAAGGGCCUGAAGGUGCAUGUAAAAUGCAUGAAAAGGGCGAACUGCGAUCUUCCAGAAUGACAAUCCUCGAACUUCCUUGCUUCUUGGUGAGAGUGCCCACUUCCUUCGACACCGUUUCUGGCUCCGAGCAGAUCAUGGAUAGCUGGGCGACACGAGCAUGUGUGGAGCACAGAUUAACAGAACAGAACAGUGUUGUCUUCCAAGUCAGAGUUGCAAAUCGCUUUGACGAUCCGUUCCUGGCAGGCUGA